AUGGAUCAAAUAUCUAAUUAUAUAAAAAUUUGGGGUUUACCAGAAGGAUUAAGCGAAUAGGAUGUAGUAUAGAAAUUUAAAAUUAUUGGAAAAAUUGUCAAAAACAAAUAAGUAAAUAAUGUUUGGUACAUUGUUUUUGAAGAUGAAGUGGAAAACGAAAGUGUAUGUUUUAUUAUCAAUUUUAUAGCUGGAGUUUUUGCAAGACACUUAUUCAUCUAUUAAAUAUGUUGUUGGAUCAGAAAUGACACCUUAAGAUAUUUAGAAAUUUUCAUCACUAUUUUCAUAAAAUGAUGAAGAAGAAUAGUAGAGAAAAAGAUUAGAAUAAGAAAAACUUUAGGAAAUUGCCAAAAAAUAGUAAGACGAUUCUAGAUAAAAAAUGUUGCAAUAACAACAAGAUUUUUUAAGAUAAUAAGAAGAAUAAAAAAAAAAAUCCUUAAAGGAAAGAGAAGAAGCUUAAUAGAGAGAAGAAGAGUUAAAAUAGAAAUUAUUAGCUGAAGCUAGAUAAUAAAUUGACCUUUAAUAAAAAAUUGUAAAAUAUAUAUAAGAUAAAAAUAGUAAGAAUAAUAAAGAUAAGAUUAAUAGAGAUAAGAUUAAAUACGAUAAGAAUAAUUAAGAUAAGAAUAGUUGAGAUAAGAGUAAUUAAGAUAAGAAUAAUUAAGAUAAGAAUAAUUAAGAUAAGAAUAACUAAGAUAAGAAUAGUUGAGACAAGAUUAAAUAAGAUAAGAAUAAUUAAGAUAAGAAUAAUUAAGACAAGAUUAAAUAAGAUAAGAAUAAUUAAGAUAAGAAUAAUUAAGAUAAGAUUAAAUAAGAUAAGAAUAAUUAAGAUAAGAAUAGUUGAGAUAAGAUUAAAUAAGAUAAGAGUAAUUAAGAUAAGAAUAAUUAAGAUAAGAUUAAAUAAGAUAAGAGUAAUUAAGAUAAGAUCAAAUAAGGUAAGAAUAAUAAAAAUAAGAAAAAAUAAGACAAGAAUAAUCAUAAUUAAAUUAAUAGAUUAAUUAACAAUAACUAGAUUUAUAAAAGGAAGCACUUAGAGAAGUAUAAGCCUUAGAGUUCGCUAAAUCUUAAUUUUAAUAAAAAUAAUAGCCUGAUCAAAAAGAGUAGGAAUAUAACAAAACAAUCUAAACUUUGUAGAAUAAGAUUACCGAAACUGAAAACCAAUUGUAAAAAUUAAAAGCUUAGUAUCAAAAUCAAUAAGAGUAUUAAAUUAAGUAGUAAAGAGAAGUUUAGGAUUUGAAAGCUUCAAUAGGCAAUGUCAUAUAACAGAGAGAUAAUGCUAUUGCUAUGUUUAAGGAAAAAUAAUCAAACUAAGAUAGCACAGUCACUCAAUAAGAUAUGGCCUUUUUAGAAUAACAAUAGUAAUAGAAUCCAUCAUCGGGCUAAAAUGUGUUGUUUAAAUUUGAAUUUUGGGUAGUGUUAGUUGGUGCUUGGAUAUUAAGUUAAGCAAUUAAUUUUUUAACGUGAUCCUAGAAUGAUCUAUGAAUUAUCAAAUAUUAAGUAUUUAUUAA